AUGAACAAGAUACAGCUUCUUCCACUCCAACCAAAAUUUGGAAAUAUAACAAAAAGCAACAAAAUAAUGUUGCAAGUGACCAAAGAUACAAAGGUUACAACAAUGCUACUACAACUCCAACAAAUCGAUCUUGAAAAUAAUAAUAUAUCUUCACAAGUUUUCUUGUUAAAAAAUGAAAGUAAUAAUGAUAUCGUUUCUCCUCAAGUCUCUUCACCAGAUUAUGGAAAUAAUGAAACUCAUUCAGUUUCCUCUACUCACAAAAAUAAUGAAGCUACUUUGUCUUAUUUAGUUUCUUUUAUCUAUGAAGAUAAUGUUUUAUGGGAAAAUAAUAUUUCUUUACCAGAUCAAAGAAGUGCGCAAUUUCAACAAGUAGAUAAUAAAUUUGAAAUCGCACUAUGGAUAAUAUGUCGUAAAAGAAUAUUAGAUUUAGCAACUAAUAUUAGAAAUGGAAUGACAACAAGAAUAGAUGACAAUAAAAAACAUGUUACAACCUUAAUGUCUUCUAUAUCAUAUGAAUCUUCACUAAAACUUCCAGAAAUUAACCAAUUACAAGAGGAAUGCAAGACACUCUUUCUCCAAACUAAGAAUAACAGUACAAUAUUAUACAAAGAAAUUAUUGUGAAAAUUACAAAAGCUGAUCCAAGUGCAAAAAAACCUUAUAAUGAAUUGGAUGAAUUUGUUACCAACAACAUUUGGAAACAAUUGCUACAAAUAAGUUUUGUAUACCAAGUAAUUAAAGCUGUUCUUAUUGUACAAGAUAAAUAUAAAAAUACACAAACUGCUAUUAGAAAGUGUGACAAAUACACUAUCGAUCUUGAAAUUUCAACCAAAUUUGAGAUAGUAAAGCUAUUACCAGUUAGGGAACUUCUUGACUAUUAA